AUGGGCUACUCUACGCUACAUACUCUACGCUACAUGCUACGCUACAGGCUACUCUACUCUACGCUACAUGCUACGCUACAGGCUACAGGCUACAUGCUACUCUACGCUACAGGCUACGCUACAUACUCUACGCUACAUGCGCUACGCUGCAUCUUCUGGGGGAGGGACAACGACAGACUGGAAAGCUCAAGAGAACGAGCGGACUUGGAGAUGGAAGAAAAAAAAAGUGAUGGGGAGAGAGGAAACUCGAGUGGAUUAAAGCCUGUGAGAGGACGAAAAGUGAUAGGCGGAUGGGAGAAGGAAGUGGGAACUCGAGUAAAUUAA